CGGCGGCUCAUCUUUCUGCAGCAUUCCCUUACGGUGUCCUGUGCUCACACUCUCGGCUUUUAAAAAAAUUGAUCUGGAGAUCUAUUCGAUUCUUCUUAUUGUUACUGUUAUCAUCAUCAUCAGUAUUAUUCCUCAUUCCAACUUCUCAGGUCGUAUCUUGCCUCGAGCGAAUCAAAAGAACUUUUCUAAAUGCUGUGUGUGGAAAUCUUCCCACACACCCAUCACAGCUUCUUCCUAUGUAGGUCAAACAGGACGCCCCCCAUGUCCCAUCGCAAACAUAGCCGGGAUUCCUUGACCAUGUGAUAAAAACAACAAGGAGUCUUGUGGCACCCUAAGGGCUAAGAGAUUUAUCGCAGCGUAAGCCUACAUAUGGUAUGGGACAGACUCCCCUCUCUGUUGGACUGCCAAUCCCAUUGCUAAAUUUCCUUGCAGUUUAGAUGUUGUAUCCGUCAGACCCGGUAGCGCAGCGCACAAAGGCCUUGUGGCCGUCAAAGGCUUAUCCAGGAUGGGGUUCGGUGUCCUGUUUGAAUUCCAUAAGUACACAGAGUCCUGCUGGAUCUAUGUUUUCCACAGCGACGAACCAGACGUGUCCUGCAAACAGGCCGUUGGGCUUUCUUUUCAUUUUUUUACUAGUGAUAUGCUGAACUUAGUGGGUCUGCAUUUGUUUGGUGCAGUUCGCUGUAGUGAAACAGGCUGCAAUUGCAAUCAUUCCGUGCAAUCGACGCUUUCUCCACGUUUGCGCCUUGCUAGUUUUCUUAACACAAAUAAGAGCAGCCUGUUUACACCGCCUGAAGAAGAAGCGAGCAAAAAAGUUUCUAUAAUAUUAACAAAAGAACAAUAACGUCUCUCUCUCAGUGUCUUACCGAGUACAAAGUCUGGCACGUAAAAGGUUCCUAUGCAGAAGCCUGCUACAAAUACAGGGGGGGGGAAAGCAAAGCGUGCUGAUUCAGGCAGUAGCUUUGACAGCUCUCAACGGGGUCCUGAGGACAGAAGCAAGAUGGCUGCCCCCUUGGUGGAGAAGCUCGGGGCAGUGAGACAACGGCUGUGUGGCCCCUGGAAGGUCUGGUUGCCCGGGUUGACUCAGGUCAGAUGCAGCCGAUACAGUCCUAUUUACCUUGAGCCAGAAGUGAACAAAGAAGUGUAUCGUAAACCUCCAGAACUACUAUCGGAGGAGGAAAAAAAUGAAUGGGAACUCAAAACAGUCCGACCUAUAAAAGCCGCCCUUUCCAAUGUCAGCAGCUCUGUAUUUUAUGAUCCACUGAUCAGCAAAUUCACUAGUAUGAUGAUGAAGGGAGGGAAUAAAAUUUUGGCCAGAUCCAUCAUGAAUCAGACUUUAGAAACCAUUAAGAGGACGCAACUCGAGAAGUACUAUAAAGCAGAAGAGAAGGAAAAAGGAAGCAUUGAAUGUAAUCCAUACACCAUCUUCCACCAGGCCCUAAGCAACUGUCAGCCUGUCAUUGGGGUGACUAAUAUCCAGAAAGGAGGCAAAACCUACCAGGUCCCAACCCCUUUGUCAGAUAACCGGCGGCGCUUUUUAGCCAUGAAGUGGAUGAUUACCGAAUGCAGGGAAAAGAAACACAGGCGGACAUUAAUGCAUGAAAAACUUUCCCAAGAGCUUCUGGCGGCCUUAAACAAUGAAGGGCCAAUCAUAAGGAAAAAGCAUGAGAUGCAUAAGAUGGCUGAGGCUAACAGGGCCUUUGCUCACUUUCGGUGGUGGUAGAGAAUGGCCGCUGCAGCAUAUGGUGGCUGAGACUUUGUUACAAAACAGGGAAAGCAGAUUUAUUCCAUAUUCCUUUCUUUGUAUAUCACCAGCUUGGGAGGGCUAUGGCCCAUUUUUCAACUGGCUCUUUGAAAAAGAAAUGAUCUAAAGAAAAUCUUAGCUGAAAUAAAAUGUCUCAACUUUC